UUCUGAGCCGCACAACAAGCUCGAGACACAGUUGUAGCAGCAACGUCCGAAGAGCCGCUGUCCGCCAACGCUCCUGCCGUCCCUUUAACCGACCCGUGAGUCGACAGUAACAGCAGCCAUGAAGGAGCUGAAGAGUUUUUUCCUUUUGCUGCAACUUUUCACAGCUUGUCUGGUGUUUGGGGUGAACGGUGAUUAUUGUGAGGUGAACGUGUGCACUAAUGGUGGAACCUGUGUGACUGGAGCAGGAGCUCCGUUCAUCUGUAUCUGCCCUGAUGGCUUCUCUGGAGAAACCUGCAAUGAGACUGAGACUGGGCCCUGCAACCCCAACCCAUGCAAGAAUGACGCCAUCUGCGAGGUGACCGGUCAGUCCCGCAGAGGUGAUGUCUUCAGUGAGUACGUCUGCAAGUGCCAACCGGGCUUCGAGGGAGUCCACUGCCAGAACAGUGUCCAAGGGGCAGAUUUAAUUUCACAAAAAGAUGUGAAUGACUGUGCUGGCCAGCCAUGCGAGAAUGGGGGCACCUGCAGGGACCUGAAUGGAGAUUUCAAAUGCCACUGCCCAUCCCCUUAUGUGGGCAAACAUUGCCAACUGCGCUGUAUUUCUCUGCUCGGCAUGGAGGGUGGGGGCAUCGCUGAGUCCCAGAUCUCAGCCUCAUCAGUCCGUUACAGCAUGCUGGGGCUGCAACGCUGGGGACCUGAGCUUUCCCGCCUUCACAACAAGGGACUGGUUAAUGCCUGGAGCGCUGCUGCACAUGACAAGAACCCAUGGAUAGAGAUCAACAUGCAAAGAAAGAUGCGCUUUACAGGUAUUGUGACGCAGGGUGCCAGUCGCAUAGGAACAGCCGAGUUCAUCAAGGCCUUCAAGGUGGCCUCCAGCCUGGAUGGCAAGACAUACACCAUGUACAGAACAGAGGGAGAGAGGAAGGACCGUGUAUUUGUUGGAAAUGUGGACAAUGAUGGCACUAAGACCAACCUGUUUGACCCCCCAAUCAUUGCCCAGUACAUCCGCAUUAUCCCUGUGGUGUGUCGCAAGGCCUGCACCCUGCGCAUGGAGCUGGUGGGCUGUGAGCUCAAUGUGUAUUCACACACUUCAGGUUGUUCAGAACCAAUGGGCAUGAAGUCGCGGUUGGUGUCUAAUCGCCAGAUAACGGCCUCCAGCACCUUCCGCACCUGGGGCAUCGAGCCCUUCACGUGGCUCCCUCACUACGCCCGGCUCGACAAACAGGGCAAGACCAACGCCUGGACCGCCGCUACCAACAACCGAUCUGAGUGGCUGCAGGUGGACCUGCUGUCUCCCAAGAAGAUCACAGGAAUCAUUACACAGGGGGCCAAAGACUUUGGUUCCAUCCAGUUUGUCACAGCCUUCAAAGUGGCUCACAGUGAUGACGGACAGUCCUGGACCAUCGUGAAGGACGAGACCACAAAGACAGACAAGAUAUUCCCAGGCAACAGCGACAACAACGUUCACAAAAAGAACAUCUUUGAGCCCCCGUUCUACGGCCGAUAUCUCCGCAUCCUACCAUGGGAAUGGCAUGAACGUAUCACCCUGCGAAUCGAGCUUCUUGGCUGUGACGAGUAGUGGUGCCCUGGAACCGCGUCCCCCCUCUUCCUCCUUUCUCUACCUCCUCCCUGCCUCCCCUCCUCCCCCCUUCCUCCCUCCCUUGUCCCUCCUGAGCCACACCUGCACUGCCUUGCUCUCAGCCCUAGGGGGCAGCAAACACCAGAGUAGCACACCACCACCCCAACCCUGGCUGGUUGGAGGUGAGAGAUGUUACCCGUAACCACUGUCAUCAGGGCCCUAGUGAGUUUAGCUCACAGAACCCCCUCUUUGUUCGUUUCCUGAAUUGAUCACUCAUCUUUUCCAACUGAACCAAAUCUGUUUUCAUUUCAAGAAACAAAUGUAUGUCUUCUUUGUUACUGAGCAGAGUUGGGGUCAGAUCUUUAUCCCACCUACCUGGUAAAUUAAAGGUGGACCCUUUCAUCCCUUUGACAGUGGUCAGGGGUAACAGGACUGCUGCUGUAUCAGUCGGUGCUGCCUAGACUCUGAUCCUAGAUCACUUCUACCUGGAACAUUGAACCUCCAAGACCCACGGCUGGUGAUGUACAUAAGCUCCACUUAGCGGCUUGCACACAAACACACACACGCACACACCUCUGAUUGACAUUUAUAGUUGACUAUUUUUCUUUAAUAAAAAGUGGAUCUGCCCAUCUGAUUAAUGUCUUAUAAGUCUGGUAGAAACCGGCUUCUUGCUCUUUAGUGGGAAAAGUAGCAAGUAAGACCAAAGUUUAAAACCAAUUUACAAGCAAAUUUGCCAUAUUUUGGUCAUAUAAAUAAGAGACUCACAAUCUCAAGGUGUCCCACUAUGUGUUCUUCAAUAUUCCUAGUAUUUUUGGUUUGGACAGUAAAAUCCUCAGUUCAUUAGUUUGAACUGCUUUAGAGGGUUAACAUCCAAGGUGUAAACAUAUUAUUUACCCUGGUAAGAAAUAUACGUGUAGCAGCCAAUAACAGAAGAGCGAACAACCCACUAUUUACACAAAUUCUCAUUUUUGCUGAAGAUGUGUACAAAAGCAUAUUCAAACGUUUACCAAGCUCUAUCUAUUUCUGUUUGAGGCCACAGCCUCAUUUUGAGGCUUCAGGCCAAAUCAGUGUAAAGUCAUCAACUCAUCUUGUGCCAACACACCCUCAGAUUUUUGUUUCUGUGGGUUUCUUUUGAAAAAUAAAGUAUAUGGUGUACUGACUCGGAUUGAAAAAUUAAUCAAAUACACACUAAGUCUCUGUCAAGGUGGUACAUAAUCAGUCAAUAAACCAUCAAGUCAGUCACUAUAGCAGCCAAACAGAUGUGAUCUCAAAGCCAGAAGAUACACCCUCAUUGACAGACAGGAUGUUAUAAACAAAGGACAAAAGGAGUUUGACAUCAUUGUUGAGUAAAAGAGAAGAGACACUUUAUUGCGUUUGUGGAAAUGAAUAAUAGCCGCUGAGUAAGAUUUACACAACCUGCUGUCAAGAAAGGUUGUGACAUGUUCAGCCAAAAAAAUGACAUCUUACACAAGAACUCAAGUCUUAACAUUUUUCAUCCAGAAAAUGAUUACACCUCUCUCUGUCGUUUGAUUACAUGUUUUAACAUUUGACAGUUUUUUGCAGUGUUCAUAUGUUAUUGGCUGCUACAGCAAGCAGUAUCAAAUUUUGGUUUAGUAAAAAAAUGCCACAUUUAUAGUCAGUUUAUGGGUUAUUAGUCUCAUAUUUAACAGCCUGUUUUGAAGUGGAAUGAUUCUGGAAAGAAGCAUGUGUUGAGUCUGUUAAUCUCACAACCACUACACAGCUGGACACUUCCACUUCAAAUCAAUCUCUUACUGGAUUCUUGGAAUGAUUAGAAUGACAGUAUUAGAUAGAUAAUAAUCCAAUAAUUGCAUUACUAAUUGGUUAGCAUCAUAAACUGAGAAACUAACAAUAAUGUAGAGGCUGCAAGUUAAACAUUUAUGAAGGAUGUUAUUGUCUCAGGUCAAAGCAGAUCUGCUCCUAAUAUACAGUAAAUGCUACUGAACGCUACUAAUUCACUCACUCGGCUGCGCUUCUAGUUGUGUUCACAUAGUUUAACUUUUUUAUGGCACUUUGAUGUUUUGUGUUUUGACAUUUGAAAUAUCCAAAAAAACCAAAAAAAACAACAGUUUUGUGCUUUGAAGAACAAACAGUAAACAUAUUAAUUGCUACAUGUAAAAAAAAAAAAAAGAGAGAAAUAAAAUAAAAUAUACUCACAGUUCCGUUUCUUUGUUGGAUUAAAGCGAGCUUUGAAAGUCUGGAUUGUUUAGUGUUAACAUGUGACAUGAAUAUAUACAGUACUUUUGUACUGAGGGCUGUCCGUAUUAGUAGUGUUAAUGUUAAUGUUCUUUUUAGGGUCCAACAUUAUGCCUCCAGUAGAAAGCUGAGGCCCCGCUGAUAAGACUGUAAAAGAGAAACCAAAUUAAAACUGAUUUUUACGGUUCCACUGGACAUGUGACACGACCCGCCAUAUCUGCUUCUGCUGCCCCCAUUACAGUAUUCUAAACCUUUACACCCCAUGAAUUAUGAAUUAUGGGCUUGUGCAAUAUUAUACUGUGUUAGUUUUGAUAACAAUGAAUAUUAAUUCAAGGUCUUUAAAAAUCCACGAGGGGAUAGCAGUGCCACUGAGAGGUCGAGGGUAGAUGUUGUUGUCAAACACUGUACAAUAUUUAUUAUUGUUGCAGACGAUUCCAUGAUCACUCACCCUUGCUUUCCAUGUCUGCAUGCAUUUUAUUGACUAGUGUUAUUCAGUUUAAGUUGAACCAAUUUGAAUUUAUUGGUGGCAUAGCUUCAUUUUUUUACUAGGUAUUCAUCAACAUUCAAAGUAUUGUAGAUAUCUUGUUUCCCCGCUAUUCAGGUUUUCUAUGAUUGAUCAAAAAAAUGAUGACAUUGAUGUGUUUUUAUGGUAUUAUAUAAGUUCAUUUCUUGCUAUACUGACUGUUGACCUCAUAGAAUUUAAACUGGAUAUGAAAUUUUUUUUAUUCCGGUGUUGUGUUUCUAAGAGGAUUCCUUUAUGUUUGACCUUUGUAUCUUAAAAUCAAGAAUAAAUAAAGAAUUUAAAAACAGA